CUUCAAGAUGAGUUAUAAGCCAAUAUCUAACGAUUAGCACCCCUUGGACAUAGGAGACGAAGAUGGAGAAUUAGAUAUUGUAGUCAAGAGAAAGGAAAAGCCCAGACCUAGUUAAAAAACAUUAUUAAUCUGGAUUGUCAUUGUCACUUUUCUUGGUGCCAUUCUAAUAUAUAUUGCUUAGAGUGAUUCAACAGGCAAUUAAUAAAAUAAAAAUGGCAAAAACAAAGUUUUAAAUUUCACAAAAGUCAAUAAAACAAGUAAUACGUGUUUUAAUUUAAAGUUAUUCCUGAUAAAAAUGAAAAAACAAUGGACUACUAGGGAGAUUAAGUUAAAGUUGAAGAAAAGGUAAAGGUAGUAAAGAUGAAGAAUGAUUCAUAAACAAAUUCGGAAAAUAAAAAUGAUACAGAGAAUGUCUCAACUAAGGAUGAAGAUGAACAAGAGAGUUAAGGUGAAGAAAAUAGCAUAGAUUUUGAAGGUAAAUAAAUUAAAAGCCAUAAAUUUAGAAUUAUAAAAAUAGACGGAUUAAUUGAAUAAAGAAAUUAAAGAAUAUUUCAAACACAAGAAUGAGACAGAGAAUGAACAGACAGUCCCUGAGGGUUCCAGGGAUCCAAGAUACAGUGAAAUAUUAUGUGAAAGUGGCUACUAUAUGAAUAGAGAGGAAAAGAUAUGCAAGAAAUGUGAAGAUAGAUGUGCUGAGUGUAUGCAUAUCAUUGGAACCUGUUACAAAUGUUAAAGUGAAGUAUCAAUUAAUCAUAUUAAGAGUUCUACUUAAACAAUUAUGGGAAAUGCAUUUCAAAAUGUGAAGGAAAACAUGAUUCAAGUAAUCUCUUAUUAUCAGAUGAUAAUAAAAAUUAAAGCAUUCCCAUUUGUUUAGGCAACAAUCACACCUCUUCACUCUUUAUGUCAGUUCAAAAGUCUAAAAACACUCAUUUUGUUUUGCCUUACUUGAUAAUUCAUCCAGCAACUACUGUUUCAUUAAUGUAUCAUAACAAUUACCCUCUUGUUUAUUAUUUCAAUAAGGACAUCUUCAAUUUUGAGGAGGAGAUGAAAUUGACUGACAUUAUCACUCAAGCCCAAGAAAAAUAAUUGAUCGUGAUCAUAAUAGCAUCUCAUACUUUGUACGAUUUCUCUUUGUUCAAUACCUUUUUAUUUUAAGAGGCCGUAUAAAAUAUUGAACAUUUGGUCAAAGCAAAAAGUUCAACCUUCAGAUCCUUUUUCGGUCAAGAUUACAAUGCAUAUGGAGUGGUCAGAGAAUAUUAAUCGUAGUACAAAAACAAUUCAGUUGAUUUAGUGAUCUCAGAUGACCCUGUAGAAAUAGAUCAGUAUGUUAUUAUUAGUUAAUAUUAAUAGCGAAUACUUGGAAUCUAAUUUAUUGGUGACUCAUGAACAACAUUAUACUGACUAUAAUUUUGAAUCAUUACAAGGAGCUUAAUCAUAAAAGACAACUGUGAUUUUGUUAUUCCACACCAAAAAUGAAUAAGAUCAGAAGGAUUAUUGUUCAAGAUUUCUUUAUGUCUCUUUCUUGCAAUGUGCAGUAAGAGAAAUUCAAUUAGAUCACACCCAAAGAAUGAGAUAAGGAUUUGAAUUAAUUUCAUAAUUUGUUGUAUAACCAGAUUUAUGA